AUGUGGGAAGUGGGUUGUGUGAGGCAGGAUUUUCGAUGCCCUGAUGUUCAACCUAGAGAAUUAGAUUUAGUCGAGCUCGACGGCGAAUGGUACCUCGCAGCCGUCGCUACUGACAUGAAUAUAACGGGGGAAUGUGCCUUCAUGGUGUUCAAUCACAAGAACACUAAUACCACAGACGUUUCUAUAAGCUGGGUCACGAACAACACAGCCAGUUAUUAUAAUGGUUCAGUAGCGCUCACCGUUGGAAGAAACGGCGGAGAUCUACUCUUAGUUACAUAUAUUGAUAAGAAAACUGAAACCUAUUCUGUAUUGGCCGUCGACUACGAGCACUAUGCCGUGAUAUUUGCUUGUUAUGACGACCCCAGUGGGAAUGGAAGUACUUAUGAAUUAUGGAAGUUGACUCGUGCACCACAUCUAAAACGAACUGAUGCUGUACAGCUUGAUAGGGCCGUCGCAAACUACAGCCUUCAAAACACCUCGUUUAUGUUUUUCAAUAAUUCUGAACGUUCUUGUAAAAUAAAUGGAGGUUACCUGAACCAGGCGUCCCUGGUACUGACAUCGGCGACAGCUUUAGCGUUGUUUAGAAGAUUAUAUUAG